AUGUCCUCGCAGUGGUGGCAAGGAGGUGGAGGUGACCCGGCCAAGGGCGUGCGGUGUGAUCGGGACCCUGGUGGCCUCGCGGGUGGAGACACGAAGGCCUUUGAUGCCCGAGAGGAGACCUUCCCUCCACGUAAGGUCUGCGAGAUGCCCAGAGGUGGACGGCGAGGUCGGAUGUCCGGAGGUUCAAAUUUGGCCCCCAGAACUGCCGCUGUGGCCCUUGGGGAGUGGCUGCAGGUUACAGCCAAGACUGCCUUCCUGUUUAUCUUACCUCAGUAUAACGUUAGCGUGCCUACAGCAGAUGGGGAGCUGGUCCAGUAUCACUAUGGGUUGAAGGAUCUGGUCACCAUCCUCUUCUACAUCUUCAUCGCCAUCAUCCUGCAUGCGGUGGUGCAGGAGUAUGCCCUGGACAAAAUCAACAGGCGUCUCCAUCUCUCCAAGGUCAAACACAGCAAGUUCAAUGAAUCGGGACAGCUGGUUGCCUUCCACCUCACCUCCGUGAUUUGGUGCUUGUACGUCGUGGUGACGGAAGGAUACAUAUCAAACCCCCGGAGCUUGUGGGAAAACUACCCGCAUGUUUAUCUUCCGUUCCAGGUGAAGUUUUUCUACCUGUGCCAGCUGGCGUACUGGCUGCACGCCCUGCCGGAGCUCUACUUCCAAAAAGUUCGCAAGGAGGAGAUCCCCCGCCAGCUGCGGUGCAUCGCGCUCUACCUGGUGCACAUCACCGGCGCGUACCUCCUCAACUUAACCCGCUUGGGGCUGAUCCUCUUGCUGUUGCAGUACUUAGCCGAAUUCUUCUUCCACAUGGCCCGGCUGGUCUACUUCACAGACGAGAACAACGAGAAGCUGUUUAACGUCUGGGCUGUCGUGUUCGUGGUGACCAGGCUCUUCACCCUCACCCUGUACAUCCUGGUCAUCGGUUUUGGGUUGCCACGCGUGGAGAACCAGGCCCUUGACCCCGAGAGAGGGAACUUCUUCAGCUUUCUCUUCAACAAUAUCCUCUUCAGAAUGAGUGUGCUGCUGUUGGUGUGCCUCUUCCAGGCCUCAGUGAUGUGGCGCUUCAUCCACUUCCAGCUGCGGCGCUGGCGGGAGUACUGGAAUGAGCAGAGCAGUCGGAAGCGAGCUGCCGCCGGCGCCAAGCAGCAAGCCAAGCCGCUCAAGAGGGACUCGGGUUACCAUGAAAAUGGAGUGGUGAAGGCGGAGAACGGCACCUCGCCACGAACCAAGAAGCUGAAAUCGCCGUAGAAGCAAAGGCUUGUCUCCUGGGGAGGAGGGCAAGAUACCAGGACUAAGAAGCAGCCCCUCCUCCCGGUCCUCACGAGCGUCAUCUUGAACGGCUUGGAAACCGGUCAUCUUCCCAAGGUGUCUCUCGCUCUCCUCCCUUCCUUUCUUAUUCUCUUGAACCAUUUGCAAUAAAACCAAAAAGCUCCCUUUCCGCUGCUCCCAUCCCCUCGUAGGAGCCUUUUCCAACCCUCCUGGUUUUGCCGCCUUCUGUUUCAUCGUAAAUCAGCGUGCAAUUUUUUUCUUUUCUAUUUUAGUGUUUGGUUAUUUUUGAUUAUUGUUACAAAUGCAUCAUAGAUGGUUCCAAACAAUCCUUUUUUCUUCUACAGCAUGUUCCU